AAAUCAGAACUCUUUCUCUCCCCGCAAUCGGGGUAACUGCGAAACCCUGUGUUUUGCUGGAAAGCUGGAAACUACAUCUCCUGUCAUGCCUCGCAAGCUGCCUGGUGGACUACCGCUCCCUGCGUGCUCCGCGCCAGAGAGACUACAAAUUCCGGCGCGCUGCGGGCGGCGGCGCCAUCUUCCGCGGAGCGGAUUGAAUGAGCGCGCCGGACCCGGGUAGCUCAGCGGAUCCUCCCGCCGCAGCCACCGCCAUGGCGUCUCUGCCGCCCCGUGCGGGGUCCGCCACGCCGCUGUCGCCCACGCGCCUGUCUCGGCUGCAGGAGAAGGAGGAGCUGCGCGAGCUUAACGACCGCCUGGCACACUACAUCGACCGCGUCCGCGCGCUGGAGCUGGAAAAUGAUAAGCUGCUGCUCAGAAUCUCCGAGAAGGAGGAGGUUACCACUCGUGAGGUGAGUGGUAUCAAGACCCUGUACGAGUCGGAGCUGGCCGACGCCCGGCGGGUACUGGAUGAGACAGCCCGUGAACGUGCCCGGCUGCAGAUUGAGAUAGGGAAAGUACAGGCAGAGCUGGAGGAGGCCAAGAAGAGCGCCAAGAAGAGGGAAGGCGAGCUCACGGUGGCCCGGGGACGAGUGAAGGACCUGGAGUCCUUGUUCCACCGCAGCGAGGCUGAGCUGGCCGCAGCCCUCGGUGACAAGCAUGUCCUGGAGACAGAGGUGGCAGAGCUUCGAGCGCAGCUGGCCAAGGCAGAGGAUGGUCACGCUGUGGCCAAGAAGCAGUUGGAGAAGGAGACGCUGAUGCGUGUGGACUUGGAGAACCACUGCCAGAGUCUGCAGGAGGAGCUUGCUUUCAGCAAGAGUGUGUUCGAGGAGGAGGUGCAGGAGACCCGGCGGAGGCAUGAACGGCACUUGGUGGAGGUGGACAGCAGCCGGCAACAGGAAUAUGACUUCAAGAUAGCUCAGGCCCUGGAGGAGCUGCGCAGCCAGCACGACGAGCAAGUGCGUCUGUACCGGCUAGAGCUGGAGCAGACCUACCAGGCUAAGCUGGACAACACCAAGUUGAUCUCGGACCAGAAUGACAAGGCAGCCCGUGCUGCGCGGGAGGAGCUCAAGGAGGCCCGCAUGCGCGUGGAGUCCCUCAGCUACCAGCUCUCAGGUCUCCAAAAGCAGGCCAGUGCUGCAGAGGACCACAUCCGAGAGCUGGAGGAGGCCUUGGCUGGGGAGCGUGACAAGUUCCGAAACAUGCUGGAUGCGAAGGAGCAGGAGAUGGCAGAGGUGCGCGACGCCAUGCAGCAGCAGCUAGCGGAGUACCAGGAGCUGCUGGACAUCAAGCUGGCCUUGGACAUGGAGAUAUGCUCCUACCGCAAGCUUCUGGAGGGCGAGGAGGAAAGGCUUAAGCUGUCCCCCAGCCCUUCAUCACGGGUCACCAUCUCUCUGGCCACUUCAAGCAGCAGCAGCAGCAGCAGCAGUGGGGUUGGCAUGUCUUUGGGGCGGGGCCGGAGCAAGCGCCAGCGGCUGGAGACGGAGGACACUCCAGGCUCACCCAGCAGUGCCUCCAGCGUGAGCAGCGGCUCCCGCCUGAUUCAGCAGGCUGGGGCCACGGGUGUUGUGAACAUCGACGAGGUGGACCUGGAGGGCAGGUUCGUGCGUCUUAAGAACUCUUCAGACAAGGAUCAGUCUUUGGGGAACUGGAGGAUCAAGAAACAGGUUCUGGAGGGUGAGGACAUCGCCUACAAGUUCACACCCAAGUAUGUCCUGCGAGCCGGCCAGACGGUCACGGUGUGGGCAGCUGGUGCAGGGGCUACACACAGCCCCCCAUCAACCCUUGUGUGGAAGAACCAGAGCAGCUGGGGGUCUGGGGAGAACUUCCGCACCGUCCUGGUCAAUGCAGAUGGCGAGGAGGUGGCCGUGCAGGCUGCAAAGCCGCCAUCUGUCCAGGGGCACGAGAGCAGGGAGGAGGAGGAAGAGGCAGAGGCAGAGUUUGGUGAAGAGGACCUUUUCCACCAGCAGGGGGACCCAAGGACUACCUCAAGGGGCUGCCGGAUGAUGUGAAACCUGCCCACAGUCACCAUGGUCCCCAGAGCCCCUGAAAUUAUUUUUUUAUGGUCUGCUCUCACGAGUCCUUGGUCCAUUUCUAGAUGACUGUUAAGCAACCAUGAGAAUGUGGGUGGGCUCUGCUGGGUUUCCAAGAUGGAAGUGUCCUCUGCCCACAGGCCUCAUCUGGGCCUGAGCUCAUGCCCAUGCUGUCAUGUCGUGAUGUCAUGUCAUGCUGUCAUUUCAUGCCGUCAUGUCGUGAUGUCAUGUCAUGUCAUGAUGAUAUAGAGGCCUGGGCUGGGAACCUGCAGGCUGCGGGACUUGGGCCUGGAUCUGGGGCAGGAGAAUGCCUGCUAGUUCAGGGUGGACCUUGUAUGACACUGGUGAUUCAGAGGUUUUCUUUGAAACUUUUCAAAUCAAGUCAGAAUCCAUGUUUGGAUUUAAGUGAAAUCAAAUUCAGAAAGAGGGCUGUGGGGCUCACUAGCCUGUCAGGUUGGUGGCUCAUAGGACACAGGACAGACCCUCCUCUCCUGGAGUUGUUGGUGCUGGCAGAGCACCUGAACCCAGGGACGGUCCAGCUUUGUGCUCUGAGUCUGAAGGGUUUAUAACAGUCCCUAGCUUGAGGGCAUUUAGAGGCUUCUCUGGGCCCAGAUUCUAAAAUGUUCUAGUCCCUUCUAAAGCUGAGGGCUCAGAAGGAGGGAGCUCACUCACACAUGGGGUGGUUCCUCCCAUCCUAAGACUGAAGGGGACAGGCAGAUAGUGGGCGUUGUGCAUUCAGGAUCAAAGGCUGCGGAAUCCCAGCCAGUGACUGCUCACAGGAGUGUGGCCAGGCUAGCUGUGCAACUGGCCUCACGUGUAUGUACCCUGCGCGGCCCCUCUCUGUCCCACCCUGAUAAUGAGGCCUGGAAACUUGCUUCCCUGCGACUAAGCGCCAGGAGCCAGCCAGUUUUACCUGUCACCUCCCCACCAAUGACACAUGGUAUUUUUUUAAAGAAUAUUUAUUUUUUUACAUCAGUAGCCCAGCUCACUGGGACGCUGCUCUGGGAGUGCAGGCCUGGAGCUGCCACAACUGGGGGUUACCUAUGACAGCUUCCUUUACCGAGCUGUCGGGAGUGCUGUCUUCCUCCUGGCACAGCUGAUGGUAGUAGGGAGAAUUCAGGCCUAGUCUUCCCCCAAGGCAAGAGCUCUUGGCCACAGGAAGCCACCACUGCCACCCACCUCCAGAAUCCACCAGCCACCUCCUGCUUCUAGAUACCUCCGUUUUCUUUAAGUGACCUGUGUUGGAUCCUGGAUAGUGGUAGCUGACUGCAGUCACUGCUGCCCUGCUGCCUUGCCCACAGUGCAGGUGCUCUCCAGUGUACCGCGAACUGGAGCUGGCUUCCUUGUGGUUGUAGAGCAGGUCUAGAGUAAUCUGCAGGUCCUCAGAGGUCUGUUUCUGGUCCGGCUAGGCGAGGUGGUUACCGAGUGGCACUUCUACUGGGAGCCGCCUGCACUGCGCACAUUGCUCAGCUUCUACAGAUCCUUUCUUUUAUAAGAUGCAUGCCAAACGUGUUCCACUUUUUCUUUUCUGCCUAUGAUUUGUAAUAUACAUUUUACUACUGGAAACUUUUGUACACUCAAAUAAACACUGAUUUUAACUGCA